AUGGGCACCGGGAUACCACAGGAGGCCGUAGGUGCCUCUGCCGCUGUCCUGGUAUACUCGUCCAUAUGCCUUUCGUUGGCUAUCUUGCUUGUUUGUAUGUUAUGGACCUACGGUGAACGAUGGACUUAUGUGACAUUCCUCGCCAAGUUUUCUGCACUCAGCACCAUUGGAUCCAUCGCACAGCAGAUACAUUACAAUCUCGCGUGGCUCCAUGUUAAACAUGAUGACUAUGCGAUGGCUUUAAAAGCUGUAGACAUGCCAGCUUUGGGGUUUUCGGGUGUAGGUAAUACUGUUGAUCUUGUAUUAUUUACGAUUCAAUUUUACUCUUAUAAUGUCAUGGCUCUAAUGAUUAUUUUUUGGGCUGUAAAGCUCUUCUGUGGCUCCUGGGAAAUCCGUGCCAACUUCCUUGGUAGCUGGCUGCGAGAAAAUAUAUCUUUCAUCUCCAAAAUAGUCGCAGUCAUAGCUCCCGCCAUUCUCGUAGGAUUCGGACAUGCCCCGGUUGUGCUAAAAAGCCUGGCGGCGACUUUGAUCUUAUCUACCUUCACAAUGCUCGUCAGCUUAUCGCUUGGUAGCAUUCUCAUGGUUCUUAUUCUCUACAAAUAUAUUAAAACCCGACGACUUCUUUUUGCACACGAGAAACGCAACGGUUGGUGGGGUUCGAGCAGUAUAGCGACAGUGACAGACACAACAGGAACUGGCACUGGAAAUGGAAAUGGUACUGGAAAUGGUACUGGCAAUGGUAACCAAAUAUCAACUCGUCAGUCUCUUUACGAUCGUGCACUUAUAACCCGUUUCACUAUCGGCUUCGUUAUACUUUUGGUACUUGAAGUCGUAUUAAUCAUCUUUUGCUUGUUCUCCGAAAGCAACUUUCAAAAGCUUGCUAAAUCAUCGUCUCCCGACUUAUCCAUCUCCGGGGCCAUCACAGACAUUUUCCUCUUUGUCCCUGGAGUUUCGACGUCAUUAUUAAUAUUUCUCGUGUUCGGGACCGCCAAAUCUUUCGGUCAAUACAGAGACUUAAUCGUUAGUGGAUGUGGUCACCGUACAAAAUUCCCUCAAAGCAAAAGAAGGGGUGUUAUGGGAUCUAGAGAUGAAGAACAGGGUGCCGAGUUUCAAAGAUUACCUACCAUGGCAACUGAAGUCCUCACACCGGAACAAGCAGUGCUAAAAGCUAAAACGCGAGGCAUAUCACCUGACCAACGAACAUCCGUCGGGACACAAUAUACAACACAUACGAUCCAAACGGGGAAAAGUAUACCAGAAUCAUCAGUGCACACUCAUACGCGCACUUUGAGUCCCAUAACCGCCAAAUUCAAUUUCAGCCGUCCAGCUUCAUAUAGAAACGAAUUUCGAUCCGUGAUACGCGAGGAGGAACGUGUUGCAGGGGAAUCAUGGGCGAGGCAAAAUGAUUUAGAAGAUGGAUUGGCGCUGGAACAGCAAUGGAAUGAUAAUGGAUAUAGGAGGGAGAGAGUUUCAGCGAGAAAUACCACCGCGGGGAAUACUACGGUUCAUAGAUAUCCCGAUUCGAUGUUCCAUCGGGAUUUUAUUUUGGAUGAUAGUGAUGAGCAUGGUGAGCAUGGUGAGCAUGAGGGAUGGACGAGAUGA